UCUGCAAUUGCAACAACAUUGCGGCCAUCAUUGCAACCAAAUUCCACCAAAUUCAUUCACUUCCACACUCCAGAGCCUAACAAAGACACGAUAUACUUUUUAAAAACGUUUUUAUCAUUUUUAUUAACAUUGAAACAGUGAUAACAACCUAUAACUAUGCUGUCGCAAGAAGGAGAUCAUUCGAGUGAUGUUCAGUCUCGUUAUGGUUAUUUGUUGAAACCAAUUCGGGAUUUGUGUAAAAAUUGGGAAAUAAAUAUUGCUGGUGAAUUGGAAGAAUAUUUAAACGAGAUGGAACAUAUAAGGAUCUCAUUUGAUUGUGGAGAAACAGUAAUGAAUUUUGCUGAAGCAGCCUUGCUUAUUCAGGGAUCUGCUUGCAUUUACAGUAAAAAGGUUGAAUAUUUGUAUAAACUUGUGUACCAAACAUUGGAUUUGACUGCAAGCAAUAGAAAACUUCAGCAAAUGCCAUCUGUAGAUGACCAUGGGAAAGAUAAAGAUGUUUCGGCGCAUGAGCAAGAUCAUUUUUUACUCUUGGAUGACAUCAAAGAAGCCAAAAAUAUUGACUUAAAGGAAGACAAGAUUCAACAGACUUCACAGUUAAUUCCAAGAACACCCAUUACUUUGAUUACAUUUGAUGACUCAAAAAAAGGUUCAGCUUUAUUAAGUCUUACAGGUGAAAUUCUUGGCAAUCGUAAUGAUUUUAAAAUGAACACAUGUUCAGUUCAUUUAAGCUCUGGUGCUUUAAUUCUUGAUACGUCGAACUUUAAUUCUCUAACUGCUGGUGCAUUUUUACAAUGCCAAGAAGCAAAUGAUAAAAAUGCUAAAGAUAAAACCAACAUUGAAGAUAUGGAUGAUUUAACUGAUCAUUUCGAUGAUGGUGAUGAAAUGUGUGUCAGUAAUGGUGAAGACGUGGAGUUUAAAGAUAAAGAGAAACUUCAUACUCUUUCCUCUGGAACUGAUGCUAUAAACCAAGAUGUAAUGGUAGAAAGAAUGCAGCUGCACAAGAGAAAAGUUUCACAACAAGAGCAAAUAUCCUCUAGAAAAACAGUGAAAGAUCCAUGGGAACUACUUGAUCCUCACGAUCCAAAUGGUGGUGUUGAAAAGGUUUUUAAAAAAGGACGACCUUUCAAAAUUCCUUUGUCAAUUCGGGACGAUCAAGUUAGUGUAAAGAAAAGAAAGCGAAGAGCUCAAGAAUCAUCGUCGAACGACGAGAAAUUGAUUUCUAUUGCAGAGUUCUGCAAGUUAGCAUAUCAUUCUCAAGCAAAGAAACUUCCAAAAAACCCGUUAAAAACUCUUUUAUAUCAUGAAUUUGAAUACAUUUUCUGGAACGAGUUCAGACGCCGGCAAAUACUGGACAGAAAACGUCGAAAAGCUAUGGCAGAGAAAGGUGUUCCAAAUGAUGAAAUUAGGAGAGAAUUCUUUGACGAUUUUCAAGAAAACAAAGAUGAUUGUUUAGAUGAAGAAUCUGAUGAAUAUCAUGACGAAUAUGAUGCUGGUGACGUUAAUGAUGAUGACGCGAAUGGUUUCCAAGACAACGUGAACGGCAUUCAAACUGGUGGGAUCCAACCCAUGGCUCUUGAAGAAUCGGAUGAUUUGGUUGUGUCGAGUUACGAGGAAUGUCGAAAAUAUGUGCAAGGAUUUCUUGUGCAAGCUCAAACAUACGUGCAAGAAACAGAUUUAUCCAGAAGAGUUGUCGAGUGGGAAAGAAAAGUUCUUCCUAAGCUGGAAAAUGAGGAUACUCAUCAGUCAUACGAUAUUCAUAAAUAUGGAGAAAAACUUUUAACGAGAUUUGAAGAUGCGCCGGUAAAAUCAUUUGAAGAUAUCGUGCCAAGUCAGGAGCCUUGGGAAGUUUGUCGUUAUUUUCUUGCUUCUCUACAGCUUGCGAAUAAUAAUAAUAUACAGAUUUUUGAAGAUAGAAAUGUUAGCAAGAUGGACUGUAUGAAACUAAAACUUCUCCAUGCAACACCUGCUCAUCGAGCGAUAUCACAAUACCGUGCUCCUUCUAUUCUUACCUAGUCUUUAUUCUCUGAACGUUGUCGUGUAUUUCACUUUAUAAACGUCGCCAAAGUAGUCUAAUCAACUGUUUCAGUUGGCAAAAUCAUUUGACCUUGCCGGAAUAUUUUGAUUGCGUCAUUGUUUUUGGUUUAAUCUUCUCAUAGCAUCUUAUUUAGGAGCAGUGAUUCAGGAGUGUCAUCUCCUUACAAAUACGCAUGCGCAUGAGUUCGCUCUUGUGUUUAUCGUGCAUGUUGACCGUUUAAAUGAUAAAGUUAAUUAUCUCAACGGCCUUUGCCGAAGCCAGUUCAGUAAAGUUUUUAACAUUACAUCGAUUUCUUUGGAAAUCUGUUGUUUCCACAGUAAGUAAGCACAUAGAAUUUUCACAACAAGACCACAGUAUAGAAACAAAUUAUAGCCGCACUCUAUUGAAAUUGUUUGUGUAGCGCAUAUCUUAUUACGCAUGUGAUUACCAUAGUGGCAGCCAGUGAAUCGCAUUUUCUGACCAAUAGGAGCGCUGAGGUGGCCAGCUGCAGCCAGUGAUCUACUUAUAUAUAUAUGACUAAGUUGUACAGCGAAGUGGGACUACUGUUUGUUUCUAUACAGUGUCAAGACUAAAUAAACCCACAGUCAACAGCAACUAUACUUUUAUUAUACAGCCACUAUACUUUUAUUAUACAGCAACUAUACUUUUAUUAUACAGCCACUUAUACUUUUAUUAGAAUAUACUACAGAAUAUUUGCUAGAUAAAAUCAACAAAUGCAUUAUACGGCACGAAACGAUCAUCAUGUAACUUGCUUAACUUAGAACAUUGACUAUUUUGUUAGUAUUGUCUCACUGAUUCUCCCGAGAUUGUUUUCCCAUUGUGUUUUGUCACUAGCAAAAUCAACUCGUCUUAUUCGAUUGUUUUUGUGCAUCAAAUUUCUUGGUAAGAACAAUAGAAUAUUAUUGCAUGAGAAUAUUAAGUAAGCUAUAAUAAUUGGCCUUAUUUAUUAUUGCUUUCAAUCUCAAUGUCAGCAAGAAGGGUAACUGUUUGAAUAAUUUUUCCUCUCGACAAAAUGACGCCAACAGUCAUAGGUUUAGUUUUUUCACUUCUAUUUCUGGUGAUGGGCUCUACGGCAAUCUAAUGUUUGCUGAAAUACCUUUAACUGCAAAUCAAUACACACCAUUGACAUAAAUGCUCUACUUCUAUGAAGUGAAGCACUAAGGUAAAAUGUGUUUGUUGGCGCUGUACAACUGCGGUAAAAAAAGAAGUAACGACUAGUUUUGACAAGUCCGAUAUUGUAUUGAAACCACAAAUUGUUUGCGAUGUGUUGUGAGUAAUCUUUUCAUUCUUUUUGUUAAUAAAAAUAGACGGUGUUUAUGAAAAUCUAAAACUGCCUUUAGUAUAUCAAAAUGACAUUCUCUGAUUCAGAUAUUAAAAUAAAUCUGAGUAUUAAUGAAAAGUUUGUGGAGUUUUUCGUAAGAAUCCAUCCUGAGAAAUGUGCUUAAACGAGUAAAUAUUUUAUUACAGGUCUUAUUUUGAAAACAUUUGGGUAACUCGUGCUCACCAGCAGUUCAGCUCUCUCUACGAUUCACUCUCCGACAGAACGAUAAGAACACCUUGUGAAUAAUUCUUUUAAAUUCCAUGUAGUAUUGUGGAGUUGCAACCAUCCAGUAAAUAGGAUGGACUACGGGGAUUGCUAAGAAUCCUGGCAUUGUGUAUAAACAAAUUCUGGCUAACAAAUGAUGAUUACAUUCAGAACAAUAAAGAAUUACAAGUUCCUGCACCAUACGGAUUCCCAUGAAAGUAAUUCCUGCGGUGAAGAUCCAAGACAUACUCACUAUUAUCAUUACCAUCACUUUAAGGUACAGUAAAAAAUCUUCAACCAAGUUGGGAACCAAGACCAAAAUUAGACAAUCCGCAAACCAAUGUAUAAGUAAAAGUAGAACGGUCGUUUUAACCUUGCGUGGAUCAAUUGUGAUGCUUUUCAAUGGUUUAACUAUGAUUGUAUACUGUGUCAACGUUAGUAGGAAUCCUCCAGGGUAGUACAAGGGUAAUACAAUGGAAAACACAAUAGCUUCAAACUUAAAACUGCACAAAUUCCGCUCGGUAUAACGGGAGGCUAUGCAAAUCAUGCCCACUAAUGCCGUUAUCACAUUCACCAUGCAAAAACUUGCGAUUUGCAAAGCUCUUGAUGUCAGCGGUUUUUUAUCAGGUUUUUUCAAAAUUAAAAGGAGUAAGAUAAGAUUGUUAAUGAAUCCAAUGAUGAUUAGAACAUAGAUUUUAUGUAUCAGAGCAUCAAAGUGGUCCCUUAGUUCAGAAUCUAUGGGCAAGCGAAACCAUGCCAGUUCUAAGUAACUCUGCUCUCUGCUGCUGUUGGACGUAUUCAAUUGCAUUUUUAUCUGUAGAAAAUUUUGCUUGUCUCGUAAGUCCUGUAAAAAGGUUUAUGAAUAAGGGAUGACGUACUGUUAUAUAUAAAUUAUUGGUUUUUGUAAAUUUGUUUACGUUUAUAUUUUUCGCAUAAUCUGAAGAAAAUAAAGUAUUUCUUACCUUAA